AUGUACGGAGACAGUCGAGUCUCUCGCCUGCUGACAUGCUCCGACUCGCCGGCUCUCAGCCAAUCACGCUCCUCCGACUUGGAGUUUCAUGGCGUGAUGCGGUUCUACUUCCAGGACCGGGUCGCCGGUAACUUCGCCACUAAGUGCAUCAGAGUGUCGAGCACGGCGACAACGCAGGACGUCAUCGAGACGUUAGCGGAGAAGUUCAGGCCGGACAUGAGGAUGCUCUCCUCCCCUAAAUACUCGCUGUACGAGGUUCACGUCAGUGGCGAAGAGCGCCAGCUGGACCUGGACGAGAAGCCUCUGGUAGUUCAGCUGAACUGGAACAAAGACGACAGAGAAGGACGCUUCGUCCUGAAGAACGAGAACGACAUCCUUCCUAAGAAGAGUCAGAGUAACGGUCCGGAGAAGGAGAAGGACGGAGUGAUUCAGAACUUCAAGAGGACGCUGUCCAAGAAGGAGAAGAAGAAGGAGAAGAAGAGAGAGAAGGAGUUCUCACGCAUCUCCGACGGAGACGAGCAGAUGCUCAACAGAGAGGACGGAGAAAACAAUCGUCUGGCGGCCGAGGUCUAUAAGGACAUGCCUGAGACCAGCUUCACUCGGACCAUCUCCAACCCCGAGGUGGUGAUGAAGAGACGACGUCAGCAGAAACUGGAGAAGCGGAUGCAGGAGUUCAUGAGCAACGACGGCCGGCCCGACUCAGGAGGAACUCUGAGGAUCUACGCUGACAGUCUGAAGCCGAACAUUCCCUAUAAAACCAUCCUGCUCUCCACCAGAGACACGGCUGACUUCGCUGUGGUGGAGGCGCUGGAGAAGUACGGGCUGGAGAAGGAGAACCCCAGGGAGUACUGCAUCGCCAGGCAAGACGAUAAAUCGGGCAAAGACGUGAUUCUGGAAGAUGGAGAAUGUCCGCUGCAGAUCUUCAGGGAAUGGCCUGCUGACAGAGCUGCACUAGUGUUCCAGCUGAAGAAGAGACCCCCCGACUACCAGGGGAGGAAGGGGAGAAACGAGAAGGGUCUACGAGGGAGAGAUGGCAGCACCAGCUCCCUGCCGCCCGAAAAAACUGCCUUACCUGGUGGAGCUGAGUCCAGGGGCGAGGGAAUCACUAUGCCUACUACGCCUAUCGGCACCACGAAGCUGCUGGGUCCGGGCAUCCUCCCCCACCACUGUAACCUGAUGCACAGCGAGGGAAUGGUUACCGUGACGCCUCACGGUCCGGACGCCGACACCUUCGUGGACGGACAGCGCGUUACCGAGACGACGGUGCUGCGUUCAGGUUCAACCCUCCAGUUCGGCUCAACGCACGUCUUCAAGUUCGUGGACCCGAUGUUUGACCUGGGAGGGAAGAGAGAGCCGGCGUCCAUGAUGAGGACCCGACACAAGUCUGGCAGCGUACCUGAAACCACCUUCGAUCUGCACGGAGACAUUCACAGUGGAGCUGCGCUGCCCACCAGCAAGCCGCACGAGACCCGACGCUUUGAUCCCACUCAGAGCAGGACAGCAUUUAGUUUGCUGUUGUUGAUUUAUUAUCGGAGGUCUCAGGACAUUUCAGCAGACAGGACAGAGUUGACUCUACCGGCCAGCAUCGAGUUCAGAGACAACACUGAAGACACUUUCCUGUCAGCGAUCAUCAACUACACCAACAGCUCCACGGUCCACUUCAAACUGUCUCCCACCUACGUGCUGUACAUGGCCUGCCGCUUCGUGCUGUCUCCCACCUACCGGCCCGACACAUCGCCGUCGGAGCGGACGCACAAAGUCAUCGCCAUCGUCAACAAGAUGGUGAGCAUGAUGGAGGGAGUCAUCCAGGAAAUUCCUGAAGGGGAUCAGAAGCAGAAGAACAUUGCGGGGGCGCUGGCUUUCUGGAUGGCCAACGCCUCGGAGCUGCUCAACUUCAUCAAGCAGGACCGAGACCUGAGCCGAGUCACGCUGGACGCUCAGGACCUGCUGGCACACCUGGUUCAGAUGGCUUUCAAGUAUCUGGUCCACUGCCUCCAGGCCGACCUGAACAACUACAUGGCUGCUUUCCUGGAUGACCCCGAGGAGCAUAACCCACAGAGACCCAAGAUAGAGGACGUCCUGCACACCUUGACGGGUGCGAUGUCGCUGCUGCGUCGUUGCCGUGUCAACGCCGCUCUGACCAUCCAGCUCUUCUCGCAGCUCUUCCACUUCAUCAACAUGUGGCUGUUCAACAAGCUGGUGACGGACAGCGAGUCGGGGCUCUGCUGCCACUACUGGGGAGCGAUCCUCCGCCAGCAGCUCAGCCACAUCGAGGCCUGGGCUGAGAAACAAGGCCUGGAGCUCGCUGCUGACUGUCACCUCAGCCGCAUCGUACAGGCCACCACCCUGCUGACCAUGGAUAAAUACUCCAUGCAGGAUGUGCAGAACAUCCACAACACCUGCUUCAAGCUCAACUCCCUGCAGCUCCACGCACUCAUGACCAACUACCACUGUGCUCCGGACGAGCCUUACAUCCCGCCUGAGCUGAUCGAGCACGUGGUUGCCGUGGCAGAGAACACAGCAGACGAGCUGGCGAGGAGCGACGGCAGAGAGGUUCAGCUGGAGGAGGAUCCGGACCUGCAGCUUCCUUUCCUCCUUCCAGAGGACGGCUACUCCUGCGAUGUGGUGAGAAACCUGCCCAACGGCCUGCAGGACUUCCUGGAUCCACUGCUGCAGAGAGGUUUCUGUCGUUUAACACCACACACCCGCUCGCCUGGUACCUGGACCGUCCACUUCGAAGGAUCCGACUGUGACAGCCACUUCACUGCUGCUGACAACUCUGAGAUGGUAUGGGAGGACCGGACCUUUGGGCUCCUCAGCCUCAGGUCUCUUCCUCGUUGGAGUCGUCUACUUCCAGCCAGGAGCAUCUAAACUUCUCCGCUUCGUCCUCGUCCUCCAACAAGACUCAGAAGACGGGUCCGGGUCGAUGGAAGACUCCCAACGCUCCUCACUCCGCUCCUCCUCCUCCUCACCCGUCUCAGCCUCCAUCCCGCUCCGACCUUCCUCCUCCUCCUCCUCCUCCUCCGGCUCCGUACCCGGACGCCUACGACCCUUACGACCCCCAGGUGGAGCUUCCACUUCCCCCGCCUCCCUCCGUCACCCCGCUGGCCGCUCAGCAGGCCGCCGACCGCAAGAAGCGAGAGGAGCAGCAGCGCUGGUAUGAGAAGGAGAAAGCUCGGCUGGAGGAGGAGAGGGAGAGGAAGAGGAGGGAGCAGGAGAGGAAGCUGGGUCAGAUCCGGGCCAACCCCGUCAUGCCCGUCCAACCUCACAACAACGGCGGCUCCAUGCCCCCCCCUCACCACCAGCCCCCUCUGGCCUCCGUUGCCCCUCCGCAGCCCUACAUGCCCCCCCAGCCUCAGCACCAGCCCCAGCAGCAGCCUCAGCCCCCCCCGCCCCCGACCGGAGAAGCUGGCCAGCCUGCCUCGCUCGGCCGUGCCCCCCCCUGCCUCCAACCCUGCAGUCGGCAUGGAUACGGUGAUCAGGGAGCUGCUCCCCCAGCAGCAGCCCAGAACCAUCGAGAGGAGAGACCUUCAGUACAUCACCAUCAGUAAGGAGGAGCUGACGUCCAGCGACAGUCUGUCUCCUGAUCCCUGGAAGAGAGACGCUAGAGAGAAGGCCGAGAAGCAGCAGCAGCUCCACAUCGUUGACCUGCUGGACAAAGAGAUCCAGGACCUGCAGUCGAAGCCGGAGCGAACGGCGGAGGAGAGCGACCGGCUCAGGAAGCUGAUGCUGGAGUGGCAGUUCCAGAAACGCCUGCAGGAGUCCAAGCAGAGCGACGAAGACGAGGAGGAGGAAGACGACGAGGACGUGGAC